AAGAUACCAAAAAUAAACAAACACUCGAGACUGUGACGAAUUUUUAUCUUCGUAUUUAUUUUGUUUGUGGUGAGUCGGCGAUAUAGUUGUGAUUUAUUAGUCUGUAAAUUUACGAUAAGCAAUGUUUUGGACCGAAUCACUAUGGAUGUAUCUUCUUGGUAUAAUCGUGGCCUUCACCGCCAUCUGCAUAACUAAACUGAAACGGAAAUUCGCCUACUGGAAAAUCAGAAACGUACCAUAUUUGGAACCAUCAUUUCCUUUCGGAAACCUACAAAACCCUUUCAAAGUCAGAGAAACCGUAGGAAUAUCAGUUAAACGUCUCUACGAUGAACUAAAAAGCAAGAAAUUACCCCACGGUGGUGUUUUUUUUUUGUCAAGACCCAUCUACCUUCUGGCGGAUUUGGAAUCCAUCAAAAACGUGUUGACAAAGGAUUUUCAAUACUUUUUCAACCGUGGUGUGUAUUACAACGAAAAGGACGACCCUAUAAGCGCCCAUCUUUUUGCCAUUGGUGGCCAAAGAUGGCGAAAUUUGAGAAUGAAACUCACUCCAACUUUCACAUCAGGAAAAAUGAAGCUGAUGUUCCAGACGCUUUUAGACUGCCAAAAGAAUCUUCACGAAAAGAUUGCCUUGCUAUGUGAGAAUAAGCAACCCAUAGAUAUCAAAGAGCUUCUUGGUUGUUACACCACUGAUGUUAUUGGGUCUUGUGCAUUUGGUUUGGAAUGUAACACAUUCAAAGACGAUGACUCGCCGUUCCGGAAGUAUGGCAAAAAGGUUUUUGGUUCCAAUAUUUCAAGAAGGCUUCAAAUUUCUUUUGCUGUAAAUUUUCCUAAGGCUGCUAGAGCCUUCAAAAUUCGUGCCAUUCCUAAAGACAUUUCAGAUUUCUUCAGCAAAGUUGUCAAAGAUAAUGUAGAAUAUAGGGAAAAAAAUAAUUUUAGGAGGAACGACUUUAUGCAGCUGUUGAUUGAUUUGAAGAAUAAUAAAUUAGUGACUAUUGAAGAAGUUACAGCUCAAAGUUUUGUGUUCUUUUUGGCAGGUUUUGAAACCUCUUCUACUGCCAUGGCUUUCGCUCUUUAUGAACUAGCAAAGAACCAAGACAUCCAACAGAAAGUAAGGGAUGAAAUCAGCACAGUCUUGGCUAAACAUGAUGGAAAAGUUACUUACGAUGCUAUCAAAGACAUGACAUAUAUGAACCAGGUUCUUGACGAAACUUUACGAAAAUACCCUCCAGUGCCUAUUCUAAGUAGAGAAUGUGUUAGGGAUUACAGAAUUCCCGGAGAAGACAUGGUUAUUGAAAAAGGAACCAGAAUACUAGUACCAGUACUAGGCAUCCAUUACGAUGAAGAAUAUUAUCCCAAUCCUGAAAAAUUCGAUCCUGAGCGUUUUGAUGAAGAAAAUUCGAAAAAUCGACAACAAUAUUCUUACAUUCCUUUUGGAGAAGGCCCUAGAAUUUGUAUAGGUUUGAGAUUCGGUAUCAUGCAGUCAAAAGUAGAACUUACUUCGUUAUUGCAAAAAUACAAAUUUACGUUGAAUGAUAAAACUAAACAACCCAUGAAGUUUGCAAAAAAUUCUUUUAUAUUAGCUGUUGAAGGCGAUGUUUGGUUGGAUGCAGAAAAAUUAUAGACAUUAAAAGAAAACAAUUUUGUUCAUACAUUUAUAGUGAGAUUUAACAAUAUAUUUGUUACUUCAUUGUAAAAUCUAUACUUAGUAGUGUACAAUAAAAUGUGGUGCAUGUCUCGGUGUUCA